AUGGUGGGUGUACCACACAGUACAGGCUGUGCUCUCUGUCGCGAAAGACACAUCAAGUGCGACGAGGCGGUCCCCGGAUGCACCCAAUGCCAGCGAUACGGCCGUACCUGUCCAGGAUACAGGCGUACGUUCAGAUUUCAAGAUGAAGGCCCCAGUCUCGCACGACGAAACCGCUCUCUGCCUCGGGGACGAGGCCGUGAGCAGAAUUCAGCAUCGAUCGCAACUACCCCCGCCUGGGCAGCUGCAGGUGCAGCUCCACAUGCACGGCAGAUCGAGGCGCUCGGACCUACUGAUGGAGGAGGCACCGGCGUUGCGACGGUAGUGCGCGAAAAUGCGAUCGCGUUAAUGCGCCGGCAUUCGGCUACUCUUGCGCUGGACGAAAAUGUCUCGCCGUCUCUGGUGCGCAAGACGUUCAAAGCCGCACAGCCACAGCUGUUCCUGGAUUUUAUCGGUGCAUCGUUCCCCACUUUGUACUUCCAUAACUUAUUCCGCGCAAACGGGGGUCCGGGCUUCGCGGAGCAUAUUGUUCAGAAUUUCGGGCAAGAUGCGUAUUUUGAUUCGGCGGUUUGUUGCUUGAGCUCUGUUUAUUUGGCGCAUCUCACACAGGACCGAGCUCUUCUUCGGAUUAGUCGCAGGAUGUAUGGUAUUUCUCUGGGUGAGAUUGUUCGUGCGCUUUCAAUCGGUGAUUUGGCUAUGUCUGAUAACAUGCUCUGUACCGCUAUGAUGUUGAGUGUUUACGAGAUGUAUGCCCAGACAUCUCCGGGUGCCUGGGUUGUGCAUUCUGACGCAGUGAGAAGGCUCAUGAUAAGCCGUGGCCCCAGUCAGCACACUGUAGGGAUAGGAAGAUCGUGCUGGAUUGCAUUUCGAGGCUUUCAUGUCGCUACAGCUAUCAGUCAGGGGAAGCCUUGCUUUCUGGACCAGGAAGAAUGGCAGGAUUACACUACUAAGCUUAUGGCUGAAGACUCUAUAAAGCCAGGAGAGUGGGCAGCCUACGGACUUAUCUCUGACAAGGCCUUCAUGGAGAUAGUCAAGUGUCCAAGAUAUAUCAGCGAAGCCAGGGACAUUCUCUCCAGCCCUACAGAGUCACUUCAUGACGCUGGAAGUUUAAUGCAGCGGAUUGAGGAUACGUCUCGCAGGCUGCACAUCUUAUGCGCCGAGUUGCGCUCCUGUAUCAGUGCUCAUGUCCAGCGCCAACAAGGCAUCACUCGACGUCCGAGUACGUUCGUCGGCCCCGUCCCGGAGAUCUUCCCAGAAACCGGCCCAUCACUGCUUCUCCGCGGAGCAGAGAACAUGCAAGGCACUCUUGGGCAGUUAUGUGAUCGUCUAGAAGGCAAGCUGCGUUGUCGGGUCGUUGAAGAUUUCUCGCCUGGGUCAGGGACAGGCACGCUGAGCGAUGGGAGUGCUGGUACACCAUCGCCACAACCCGUCAGUAUAGAUACAACAACGCUGCCGUUUCGAAUAUAUUCUGAGCUGGGGCGUGGUCCAUCUCAAACUUCGGACCAUGAUGACCCCCGUGCGGUGAUCUGGCUAGAUCGUGUCGCUUCGUCGAUGGGUGUUCUGGGUACGAAGAUAAUAACGGAGAAUGCAGACCCUAUCAAAUGUAUUGAAGGAGUGCCACGGGAAUCGGAUCCUAGUUGA